AUGAUGAUGAUGUCCCUGAACAGCAAGCAGGCGUUCAGCAUGCCGCACAGCGGCAGCCUGCACGUGGAGCCCAAGUACUCGGCACUGCACAGCGCCUCGCCCGGCUCCUCCGCGCCCGCGGCGCCCUCCGCUAGCUCCCCCAGCAGCUCGAGCAAUGCUGGCGGCGGUGGUGGUGGCAGUGGCGGGGGCGGUGGAGGCCGUAGCAGCAGCUCCAGUAGCAGUGGCGGCAGCGGCAGCGGCGGCGGGGGCUCCGAGGCGAUGCGGAGAGCGUGUCUUCCAACCCCACCGAGCAAUAUAUUCGGCGGGCUGGAUGAGAGUCUGCUGGCCCGAGCCGAGGCUCUGGCGGCGGUGGACAUCGUCUCCCAGAGUAAGAGCCACCACCACCAUCCGCCCCACCACAGCCCCUUCAAGCCGGACGCCACCUACCACACCAUGAACACCAUCCCGUGCACGUCGGCUGCCUCUUCUUCGUCGGUGCCCAUCUCGCACCCGUCCGCGCUGGCGGGCACGCACCACCAUCACCACCAUCACCACCACCACCACCAUCAGCCGCAUCAGGCGCUUGAGGGCGAGCUGCUGGAGCACCUGAGUCCCGGGCUGGCCCUGGGUGCCAUGGCGGGCCCCGACGGCGCCGUAGUGUCCACGCCAACUCACGCGCCGCACAUGGCUACCAUGAACCCCAUGCACCAGGCAGCGCUCAGCAUGGCCCACGCGCAUGGGCUGCCUUCACACAUGGGCUGCAUGAGCGACGUGGACGCCGACCCCCGGGACCUGGAGGCAUUCGCCGAGCGCUUCAAGCAGCGACGCAUCAAGCUGGGGGUGACCCAGGCCGAUGUGGGCUCCGCGCUGGCCAACCUCAAGAUCCCUGGCGUGGGCUCUCUUAGCCAGAGCACCAUCUGCAGGUUCGAGUCCCUGACGUUGUCGCACAACAAUAUGAUCGCGCUGAAACCCAUCCUGCAAGCGUGGCUCGAGGAGGCCGAGAAGUCCCACCGCGAGAAGCUCACCAAGCCCGAGCUCUUCAACGGCGCGGAGAAGAAGCGCAAGCGCACCUCUAUCGCCGCGCCAGAGAAGCGUUCGCUUGAAGCCUACUUCGCCAUCCAGCCGCGGCCCUCCUCCGAGAAGAUCGCCGCCAUCGCGGAGAAGCUGGACCUUAAGAAAAACGUGGUGCGCGUCUGGUUCUGCAACCAGAGGCAGAAACAGAAAAGAAUGAAAUAUUCUGCGGGCAUUUAG